AACUUUUCUCACCGUCUCUUCCCAAUUGAAACGCUUUCCAAAUUGCACAACAAACGGAGCCUCGGAUCCGAACCACCAGGUUCCGUAUCCGAACCUGUAUCUUUCUCGUUCGUUGAAAAAUUUUCUCACUUAUUUUCUCGAUCAUUAUCUUUGUCCGAACGCGCCACCAUUUCUCUUCGGCUUCAAACCCUAACCAAACGCGUGGAUUCUCAACGCGCUUCCAGGAUCAGCUUUUUUCUUCAAUGGAGUUUCUUCAUUGUCACUGGAUAUUUUAAUAAUUUUCAGGUUUUAAUUGAGGCUGCGCGGAGUUGUGUUCUUGGACAUCUUCCUUCUACGUAGGUUGUUAAAAAUUUGUGUCUUGGUCAAGCAUUCUUUUAAAUAGUUGCCUGCUUAAAGUUUGUGGGCUGGAUUACCUAUGCCUGGAAACGAAGGAGUAGACAGGGUCCAUAAUUUUUUUGGUCAAGAAAACUUGUCCCAGGGACAGUAUCAUUCACAAGCGGUUGAUGGGAACUGGCCAGGACUGAACAAUAAUAUAUGGGUUGGCAGCCAGAGGUCAACUGGUGUGCCUUUUAUUUCCAAUUUGAAGAAUUUUAAUCAACAGCAAUCUGAUUCGGAGCAGGGACACAUAAGCUCUCCACAUAUGCGUCAUAGUCUGAACCUAUCACAAUCAAAUUUGAGGUCUGAGUCUGGAAGAAAUCAGCUGCCAAACCAACAAGCAGCUGUAAGUGGCUACAUGCAAGGACAACAGGUUUUCCAGACUAGGCACAGUGGAUCUAAUAUUAUGGGAAUGGAUACAGAAUCUGAUUGGCACAGCCUAUCAAGAGGAAUACCCAUGCCAGAGUCACAAGGGAGUAGUGGUCUUGAGCUUUAUAAGAAAAAUUUGGCUAGGAAUGAUGCUGGCGAUUCUCCUGUCAAUUUUGAUUUCUUUGGAAGUCAACAGCAAGUUAGUGGCCGCCAGAAUGGAAUGCUUCAGCCUUUACCUAGACAGCAUUCAGGAAUAAAUGAAAUGCAUCUAUUACAGCAGCAAGCAUUACUUAACCAGAUGCAAGAACUUCAAAGGCAGCAACAAUUUCAUCAACUAGAAGCAAAGCAACAUAAUUCUAUGGCCCCAGCCCAGUCUAUUUCAAAACAAACAGUUACUGGCCAUUCCACAUCUCUUAUUAAUGGAAAUCCUGUAAAUGAGGCAUCUAACUUUAUGUGGCAGCCUGAUGUUACACCAAGUAAUGCAAAUUGGCUCCAGCGUGGUGCAUCUCCAGUUAUGCACGGGUCCUCUAAUGGGGUUAUGUUAUCUUCCGAACAAGGACAAGCAUUACGCAUGAUGGGUUUGGUUCAUAAUCAGGGAGGAGACCAGUCUCUUUAUGGGGUUCCAGUAUCUGGGUCAGGAGGCACUCCUAACCUUUUUUAUCAUUUUCAAGCAGAUAAGCCCGCAAUGCCUCAAGUUUCUUUCCCACAGCAAUACUCUCAUGUUCAUGGGAACAAAUCUACACUGCCUCAUAUAACACCCGGUGGUAGUCCAUUCCCAGCUCACCAAUAUAAUGCGUUUUCAGAUCAAAGUAACAGAAAUGAUGGACCCUUAGUUUCAAGACAGGAUAUUCAAGAAAAGAGCAUGUUUGGACCUACUGCUCAUGGUAUAAAUAGUAGAGUCAAUGUGGAAAACUUGCAGCAAAUGAAUUCUGAGCAAAGAAUUGUAUCAAUGCAAGAUUUUAAUGGGAGACAACAAGAACUAGCUGGAUCUUCAGAGCUAUCAUCACAAGACAAGAUAGUGCAGGUUCCUCCUUCACAAAACGUAGCUACACUAGAUCCAACUGAAGAGAAGAUUUUGUUUGGCUCAGAUGAUAGCCUGUGGGAUGGAUUUGGUACGAAUAUAGGUGACUUUAAUAUGCUGGAUGGUACAGAUAGUUCUAGUGGAUUUCCAUCCCUUCAGAGUGGGAGUUGGAGUGCGCUUAUGCAGUCUGCUGUAGCAGAAACAUCCAGUAGUGACAUGGGUAUCCAGGAGGAGUGGAGUGGUCUAGGUUUUCGGAAUACGGGGCAGUUAUCUGGAAACGAGCAACCUUCAACUACUGAUGGCAGCAAACAGCAAUCCGUUUGGGCUAACAAUAACUUGCAAUCACCUUCCAAUUUAAAUUCAAGACCUUUUAUUCAGCCCAACAAUGUUAGUAGGCCCCCAACAGCUGAAAACCAUUGUAGUGUUUCUGAAUUACAUCAGUCAGGUCCCGACUCUUCACAUCAACAGCAUGACAGAUUACAGACCGAUUCUCAGAGACCAAUUCCACAGUAUUUAGAAAGAGGCAGGUGGUUAGAUUGCAGUCCUCAGCAAAAACAGUUCUCUGAAGUUGGUCAUAUACAUGGAAAAACUACCAACUCUUCUGGUUUAGAAAAAAAUGAAAAGGUUCUAUCAGAUUAUUGGACACAUCAACCCACCACAUCAUCAUGUAGUGGUAGUGGCGGUCCAUUUAAUAAGUCUGAUGGUUGGGAAGUUUCAAACUCAACCCCACUGGAUCGUAGUUCUACUUUCAAAACCCAAGAAAAUGAAAACUCAUUGAAGCACCAUCACGAGAAAGCUGUGCAUGAAGAGAUGAGCCAGGUACCUGCUUCAUGGGAGCCCAAUUCUGAUGCUAAUUUAUCUGCUGGGUCAGAACAUGAGAAAUCUACUGAUAACAUGCAAAUUUGUCGGGAGGAUUCUGGUAUGAAUGGUAUUGCUGCAUUACCAAAUUCGGUCCCUGCAUGGUUCAGCCAGCCAAGCAGCAAGAAGCUCCCUAACGUGGAUGUAUGUAGAGAUUCAGAGUCAGCAGGUAGCUAUAAAAGAAAUGAAGGUUCAGGAAAAUACAAGCAUCAUAUGGAGAACCCUUUAAUUUUAGAAUCAUCUAAGAAUGGAAAAUUUGAAGGUGAUGCAGAUGAUGCGGAAGACUGUAAUAAAAUUGAAAAAUCAGAAGAUGGUCUUGGAUCUAAUCCUUCUCAUCCAAGAGAUGAUAGUAUGAGAGAAAAUGCAAAUUUUGAUGGAAAUGAUUUGCAUAGCCCAAAGUCAGCUGGUCAGGCACAUCAAAGAUCUUCGAUAACUCGUAAAUUUCAGUAUCAUCCGAUGGGGGAUCUUGGUGUUGAAGUGGAACCUUAUGGAAACAAACAGGUCAUAAAUUCACAAGCUAUGAACCAUCACCACUUUGGAGGACUUAAAGAUCAGGGAAAUAUCUAUAGCUCUCUUGGGCAAUCAAAGUAUGGACAUUUUGAUGUGAAUUAUAGUGAAACAGAGAAGGGUGAGUUAGAGAAAUUGGAUAAUAAUGUUUCAAAAGGCGUACUCCCUACGCAAAUCCCAAAAACAAUGACUCCUUUGGAUAGAAGUGUCGGUAAUUAUGCCUUGCAGAAUACUGCUUUACCCAGGGUGCCUGAAACUGAAUCUUCAGAUGGAUUUGCUGCACAUCCUCAGAGGAAUCAAAGUUCUUCUACUCAGGGCUUUGGAUUACAAUUGGCUCCACCUACUCAGGGGCCUGCCAUGGUAUUUUCUCAUGGCUCAUCCGGUUCAGGUGUUACUGCACUUCACAUGUCUGAGACAGGGGAUAAGGGACAUUCACGGUUAGCUACUAACCAGACUUUUCCUCCUCAAGAGUCAUCUCCUGAGGAGAAUAGGGAUAAUAUUUCUAAUACCACAGGGCAAGUUUUUGGUAAGGCUUCUCAGUACAGUGUGCUGGGGAACAUUCCACCGGCUUUUACAUCUGGCUUUCCAUUCUCCAAGAACCAUAAUCAGAAUCAGAAUAUAGCUCAGCUUGGUGGACAAGUAACAAAUAAUCAGCCGGCUUCCUCGAAUCAGAUAGAUGAAUACGGUGAAAGAGCUCAAGCUAGUCAACCUGAAAUUGCAUCUGCUCAGGACAUGUCCCAGCCGAGUGGUACAGAUCAAAUUCAUGGCAGUCAGCCUUCUGGUAUAUAUGGUGCAUCCCUGCAUGGAACCCCUUUGAACGUUAUGCAGAAUUUAUGGACCAGUGUUUCUAGCAGGCAACAUCCUAAUGCUUCGAAGAUUUCAUCACUGUCCAAACAAAUUAACAACUGUGGAAUGAUUGCUGACUUCAGCAAUCCAGGUGAUCAGGGUCCAGAGAAAGAUGGUAAGGAAUUAUCUUCCAUUGGUGCUGAAGAGGCUGCAGUUCCAUCACACCUGAUAGACCCUGUUGUGAAAUGUGUAUCCGAUGCUUCUCAACCAAACCUAGCUGCGACCUCUAGAGACGACGAGGCUCUAGGUCAGUCUUUAAGACCAAACAGUGUUUUGAAUUACAAUUUCUCAUCUCUGAAUCAAUUCCAAUCCAUGAGAAACAUGGAGAUUGAUCCUAGUACUCGGGAAGCCAAGAGAUUAAGAGUUUCAGAUAAUAUGCCAAACAGACAGCAGGUAGAUUCCAACCACGAACAACAAUUGUCAUAUGGAUAUAACAAUGUGGUCAAAGAUGUAUCUGGAAAUUAUUCUUCCAUCACAUCAUCAGAUCCCAGUAUGUUAUGCUCGUCAGCAAAGCCACAUCAUGUACAGGACAUAAAUGCAACUUCUCAGGAGGUGAUUGGAGAUGAUCAGGAAAAAUCUGUUAAUGUUUCAGAUAGUAAUAAAGCAGUUUCUAUUAGAAGUGGUCAUUAUCCAAUAAAUCCUCAGAUGGCACCAUCGUGGUUUGAACAAUAUGGAGCUUUUAAGAAUGGUAAGAUAUUGCCUGUUUAUGAUGCACAGAAGAUAACUGCUGCGAAGACUAUGGACCAUCCUUUCAUUAUACCAAACCAAUCAGAUAGUCUGCAUUUCCAAAAGUCAAUAGAGCAAGUUAAUAGUCGUAGUGAUGCUCAACUUAGUAGCACCAGGCAUAGUCCAAUACCUGCUUCAGUUGAAAGCGAGAAUGUAUGUUCUCAGUUAUCGACUCCUACGGGUGAACCUGAUUUACUUAGUUUUAAUUCAAAGAAGCGUAAAAGUUCCUUAUCUGGACUCCUGUCAUGGCAUAAAGAACUUACUCAGGGUUCUGAACGGCUUCGAGAUCUCAGUGCGGCAGAAUUAUUAUGGGCCCGAACUGCAAACAGAUUGGCUGAGAAGGUUGAAGCUGGUGCUGGGGCUGUUGAAGAUCUAUCAGUGAUGUUGAAGUCAAAAAGAAGACUUGUCUUGACUACACAACUUAUGCAGCAACUGCUAAGCCCGCCUCCUGCAGUAGUUCUUGUAGAAGAUAUGAAGUUGCAUCAUGAGAGUGUGGUCUACUCGGUUUCCAGAUUAACAUUAGGAGAAGCAUGCAGUUCUAUCUCAUGGUCUGAAUGUGAUACUUUGCCUUCGGGCAGCACAAACCUACUGCCCAAAAAAGGGACAUCAGCUGACAAUGUUGAUCAUUACAUUUUGAAAGUUAUGGAUUUAUUUGAUAGAACAAGGAAACUGGAAGAUGAUAUAUUGAGAUUGGAUAGCAGAGCCUCAAUUUUGGACUUGAGAGUAGAGUGUCAGGAUUUAGAAAGAUUUUCUGUGAUCAAUAGAUUUGCCAAGUUCCAUUCACGGGGACAGCAUGAUGGGGCAGAGACCUCAUCAUCCUCUGAUACUACUUUUCAGAGAUUUUUUCCCGUGAAACUUGUUACUGAAGUUCCAUUGCCUAGGAAUCUCCCAGACAGGGUACAAUGUCUUUCACUUUGAUAAUUAAUUAAUUAAUUCAUUAUUCCAUCUUUCUUGAUUAGUUGUCUUCCAAAUCUCCCAUUUCUGGUCUAUUUCUUUCAAAUUAUAUUGCACUUCAUCGCCAUAGAACCAUACAACUGGCAGUGUAGGAGAAGAAUUGUACUAGGUUGCCUAAUCAACCCCCAGAGGGUGUUAGAUCUUUGCAAUCGAUAUAUGUAUGUAUGUGCAGAUUCUUUAAUCUAGUUAUCAUUUACUUUCCAUUUUCUGGGUUCCAAGCCUUCUGUGUAUAGCCAAAUUAUAUAUGCAGUGGUUUAACCUUACCAUUUGGCUUGGUUUUA